AGGCUCGGCUGCUGCUCUGCACCGCGUUCCCCCACCCGGACCCCUUCCCAAUCUCUGCUCUCUCCGCCCACCGCAGCCGCUACUCAGAGACCAGCUGCAGGGGCGGGGCCAGUCUCUAUAAAGAGGGCGGCUGCUGCUGUUUUUCUUCCCGGGCCCUGAUCCGGGGAAGGCUGAAGAGCGGGAGUCAUGGGGACCUACGUGGAGCUGAACACUAAGGCAAAGAUGCCCAUCCUGGGGCUUGGCACCUGGAAGUCUCCCCCAGGAAAAGUAAAGGAUGCCGUGAAGGCUGCCAUUGACAUUGGAUACCGCCACUUUGACUGUGCCUACGUGUACCAGAAUGAGAAUGAAGUAGGGGAUGGGAUCCAGCAAAAAAUCAAAGAAGGGGUUGUGAAACGAGAGGACCUCUUUGUCGUCAGUAAGCUGUGGUCCACAUUCCAUGAGAAAUCUCUGGUGAAGGGAGCAUGCCAGAAAACUCUUGAUGCGUUGAAACUGAAUUACCUGGAUCUGUAUCUCAUUCACUGGCCUUUAGGAUUUAAGGCUGGAGAGGAGCUGUUUCCCGCGGAUGAGAGAGGCAUGGUCUUGCCCAGUGACACAGAUAUUCUGGACACUUGGGAGGCUAUGGAAGAGCUGGUGGAUGCAGGACUGGUGAAAGCCAUUGGAAUCUCCAACUUUAACCACAAACAGAUUGAGAGACUCUUGAACAAGCCUGGGUUAAAAUACAGGCCUGCCAACAACCAGAUUGAGUGCCACCCAUACCUUACCCAGGAGAAGCUGAUUACAUAUUGCCAAUCCAAAGGGAUCUCUGUGACCGCAUACAGUCCCCUCGGAUCUCCUGACAGGCCAUGGGCUAAACCAGAGGACCCUUCCCUCUUGGAUGACCCCAAGAUUAAGGAGAUUGCAGCCAAGCACAACAAAACCCCAGCACAGGUUCUGAUCCGGUUUCAUAUCCAGAGAAAUGUGAUUGUGAUUCCCAAGUCUGUUACACCACAUCGUAUUGAAGAGAACUUUAAGGUGUUUGACUUUGAAUUGACUAAAGAGGAGAUGGAAACCAUCCUCAGCUUUAAUAGGAACUGGAGAGCCUGUGCAUUCACCAUGUGCACAAAUCACAAGGACUAUCCUUUCAAAGCUGAGUAUUAAAGCUGGUGGUGUCUUGCCAUGCUUCCUGACCCCUAGCAGUGGUUCCCGUUUGCUGUUACCUCUGACUUGUUCAUUUGUCCCAAUAGCUCUCUUUCACACUGCAGCUAUCCUUCUGUAGCCAAAAUAGAAGUACAGUGUAUGUGCUCAAAGGAAAUUUUAUAAGGAGUCUGAAGAACAAAACACUGAAUAUAAUUCUGAUCUCCUUAUUACGUGGGAGUGGUUUUUGCCAAGAUGGCUGGCUGGGAUUGGAAAAUACAGUCAUUCAAAUUCUGUUCCUGCUGUUUCACAGCAAGUUGUAACGUGAUUUGAGAUUAGUCUCUGCUCCCAGCUGGAAGGGAAGAGCCAAUUCUGAAGCCUUGUCUGUUAAAUUCCUGUUUUUGGAACACUCCUUUGCCUUUCACUCCAGGUUGAAAUGCCAGUUGACUUCUGAGUAUGGACAUUUGCUACCUGUACAGGUUUCCCAAACUAUGGAGCUUUUUUGGCAAUAUAAAACUGUUCUUUUGUUGUAAUAAAACAUUGUCUAGUUA